GGAGCCGAGCAGCCAUCCUCUCCAUCCGUUUGGCUGGAUCUUGGGGAAGUGGUUUCCAGAGUACUUUCAUUACUAGGGUGGACUGCCGCUGGUUGUCUGUAGUCAUGCACUUCCCGUAUUUAUUCAUUUCUGCCCCAAUCCCGCGCCCUCAGUCUUGGUGACAACCCUCAGACGGGCGAGGCCUGGGUGCACCGGGGCUCCCACAGGGAGGGAGUGUCUGAGUUCCAACCUGAGCCCAGCUCCCCGGACUCCAGGCGGGGUGCUCUGCCCACUGUGCUACCUAGCCGCUCCUAGUUUGUGGCAGGCAACUGGAGAUUCUGAGCCGGGAGCUCGGGGACUGGAGCCCCCUCAGGAGCAUCAGGCAGGCCUAGUGGCCUCCCGGGGUACUUCCAGGCUCCUCCCGGAGUUCUAGUCCUCCAGCCGCCCUCAGCCCUUUGGAAAAAAGACGGUUUGAUUUUGCAUUCAGGCCCCCCCAAGGCAUUGGGCCGCGGAGUCUCGGGGAAGAGAGCGCGAUCUAGUCGGGCCCCGGCAGAGCGGCAGCCCCAGGUGCACUCUGGGCUCCGGGGGAGGGGGGGUCUGCAGCCCCGAAAGAGACCGGGAACCUCCGGCUGCCGAGGGUGUGGCCUCCUUUGGAGGUUCUGGCCCGAGGCGGCCGGAGCCACACCUAUUGGGGAGGGAAGGUUCCGAGGCUCCUCGAGAAGCCGAAUGCCUGCCUGGGGGAGGGCCUGGGAAGCCACUUCCAGCCUGUGGAGGCUUCUGCGGCCGAGGGGAGCAUCCCCGGGAGCCUGGCCACGCUGGGGAGCCUGAGGAGCACAGGUGAUCAGGCGGGAGCUCCAUCAGUGGCUGGUGGGGAGCAGGAGAAGAAGGCUGAAGCCCAGGGGAAGAGCUGAAGUUUCUCCUCUCUCAGACAAUCAUGGAGAAUCCCAACAGCCCAAACUCCAGAGAUUUGGAGACAAAGAUAAAGACCUCAGAAGCAAUUUCAAAAGAGAAUGAGCCAGAGGAAGAAUCAUCCAAUAAAAUAAAGAUGGAAAGUUCCAGCAGUGCUGAUGAACAAUCCUCUAUUUGUGGAGAAUGGAGGGAAAGUGAGAGCCAGGUAAAAAUUCAGGAGUUAAAACAGGAGACUGAUGUGAGAAAAAUGCCCAAACGCCAAAAGAUUCAAACUAGAGGCAAAACUUAUAAAUAUGAGGAAUGUGGGAAAGCCUCCCCUCAAAAUUCAGAAUUUUCUGAACACCAGGAAACCCAUGCCAGUGAGAAGGCUUAUGAAUGUAAUGAAUGUGGGCUAACAUUUACUCGCAAUUCAAGAUUUAUUCAACAUCAGAAAAUUCAUACUGGAGAGAAGAAACCUUAUAAAUGUAAUAAAUGUGCAAAAGCCUUCAAUAAGAAAUCAACCCUUUUCAAACACCAGAGAAUUCAUACUGGAGAGAAGCCUUAUAAAUGUAAUAAAUGCGCAAAAACCUUCACUGACAGCUCAACCCUUUUCAACCACCAGAGAAUUCAUACUGGAGAGAAGCCAUAUAAAUGUAAGGAGUGUGGGAAAGCUUUUACUCAAAAUGCAACCCUUUUAAAACACCAGAGAAUCCAUACUGGAGAGAAACCAUAUAAAUGUAAGGAGUGUGGGAAAGCCUUCACUCAAAAUUCAACCCUUUUAAAUCACCAAAGAAUUCAUACUGGAGAGAAGCCUUAUAAAUGUAAUGAGUGUGGGAUAGCCUUCAGUCAGAGGUCAACCCGUAUUAAACACCAGAGAAUGCAUACUGGAGAGAAACCUUAUAAAUGUAAUACAUGUGGGAAAACCUUUAUAGAGAGUUCAAACCUCGUUCAACAUCAGAAGACUCAUACUGGAGAGAAACCUUAUAAAUGUAAAAUUUGUGGGAAAACCUUCAAUCAAAACUCAACCCUUUUCAACCACCAGAAAAUUCACACUGGGGAGAAGCGUUAUAAAUGUGAGGAGUGUGGGAAAGCCUUUACUCAGAGCUCAACCCUUAUUUCUCAUCAGAUGAUUCACACUGGAGAAAAGCCUUAUACAUGCAGUGAAUGUGGGAAAGCCUUCCGUAAAAACUCAACACUAAAUGAGCACCAGAAAAUUCAUACAGAAGAGAAGCCUUGUAAAAAUGAGAAAUGUGGGAAAGUCUUAAGUCAGAGUGUUACCCCUGUUUCACAAAAGACACUUCAUACUGGAGAGAAGCCUUAUAAAUGUAAUGAAUGUGGGAAAGUGUUCUCUAAAAACUCAAUUCUUAUUAAACACAAGAGGAUUCAUACUGGAGAGAAGCCUUAUGAAUGUAACGAAUGUGGGAAAGUCUUCACUCAGAGCUCAACCCUUAUUAAACACCAGCGAGUUCAUACUGAAGAGAAACCUUAUCAAUGUAAUGAAUGUGGAAAAGUCUUCAAUCAAAAAUCUAACAUGAUACGACAUCAGAGAACACAUACUGGAGAGAAGCCUUAUAAAUGCCAUGAAUGUGGGAAAGCCUUUAUGAGAAAGUUCCUAUUGAUCUCACACACAAAGAAACAUAAUGGAGAGAAUAAGAAAAUGUAAAGGAUGUGGAUGAGCAUCUCCUGAACAGUUAAAUCUUAUUGUACAUCUAGAUAUUCACAUCGGAUAGAGACCUUAUCAGUAUAAUGACAGCCUUCAUUCAGAACUCAGCCUUUAAGGACAUUACAAAAUCAAUACUGGAGAAAUGGGAGCUUUGUAAAUAUAAGAAACACAGAGAAACCUUCUUGUGCUUUUAAACAUGGGAAGAUUUAAAUAGCCUUGUUUUAAUGAAAUGAGUUUGGAAAUGCCUCCUAUGCCAGAUCAAACAGUACAUAAUAUCAGAAAUGGAAGAAUUCAAAAUAAUUUACUGCUUAUGAUGGCUAAUUACUGGACAAAGUCCUGUGUAUAUAAGCAGUGAGAAAAUACAGUUCAAUUAAAAAUGUCUCAAAGUGCUGUAAGGGGGGGGAUUUCAAUUCCUGUAGGUCUUUUGACAAAAAUUUGGCAAUCGCCUGCUGGAGAUGCUGUAGAAAGCAUUCUUGGUCAGGGCUUGGUUGGGACAACUAUCUCUUACAAUGUCUCCUAACUUUUCCAGUCUCAUCUUUUUAAUGCCAAUAGCCUAUUAGUAUUGUAUGGUUGUGAAAUUUGGAACACUCUUAUUUCCAAAGAAUGAAAAAUGGAUAUACUGCUCAGAAGAAAAAGCAUACAUAUGGUGUAUACGAGUGGGUAAAUGUGAACUGCCAGUCCUGAAACAUGGAUGAAUUGCUUGCAUUCUUUUAUGGAAAGAUGACAUAUGACAAAAGGCCUGGGAGUUAUGCUGUUAUAUUUUGAUGAUAUUAAAUGAAGAAUAAAAAGGGAACACAAGUAGAAGAGAAUGAAGGGAAAGGAACAAUGGUGGAAAUUAUCUCAAAGGAUUAUGGUGCCCAAGUAAAUCCUGCUUUAUUUAGAUAAAAAAUAAAAAUAUUAAAUGAUGAAGGGGGCAGGUGGAGAAGGGGAGAGUAGAUGAUAUUUUAAAUUAAUUCUUGUCUAAACUAGAUAAAGGAGGGAAAGAAGCACCUACACACAGCUACGUACAGAAAUCCAUUUCGCUAAUGGAUGCUUUAUUAUAUUGUUCACAAAACUUGUUAAUUAUUAUAUCAUUUAAAUCUAACAAGAUCAUUUGCACCCAGAAUGUCAACCUAACCUCAAUAAUUCUCCAGGAAUACUAGAGAUGGCUACAAGAUAUUUUUUUCUAGGUCUUGGAUCUACCCACAACAGUCUUGUUUUGGGUCUCCACACCCAGGUCUUAUUUGGGGUCUACUCAAGCGACUUUGUCCAAAUUUUAUUGAAUGUUUACAUUUAUUCAUAGCCACCCCAAUCCACUUUGCUUUCAAGUUGCCCUUUUAGCAAAACUGCUUAACUGUGGAUUUGUGGUUCAUAUAUGGGUACCCUUAUCUAAGUCAUGUCUGAAGUCAACCUUCUAGAGCCUGGACUAGAGGGAGCCACACCUCCUUUCUAGUUCACACUUUCUACCAAAUGAUCUAAUUUCUUUUCUAAAACGAUUUAAGACAACAGUAUGGUGUCAGUAUGGGAUUCUCUAGUGGCCACCGUGAAUUAUACCCAAAGGUUCUCAGAGACCACGGCAACCGAGUAAGUCUCUGAUUUUAGAAUUGAGAUGGGCAGGAUCUGACCAACACAGUGUCACGUUGAACAGAAUUAGAACUUGAGCCCCCUCAGGUUCAGGUCAGACACAGUCCAGAUACCAACUCCAAGCGUCCAUAAAACUAAGAAUGUUGGCUUGGUUUUAGCUCAGGGAAAGACUUGAGUGGGAUUAGUGUUAUCCCAGCCUAGUCUAAUGGACCAAAUGAGUUACGCCCUUGAUUUGAUCAGUACCAGGCUUGGUACACAUCUGUAAGAAACUAAAAAUUCUGUUAAAUUACAUUAGAGUCCCUUUCGGGAGAGAAUUUUCUUUUUCUCUUCCUCUUCCUCUCUUUUUCCUCAACUCUCCCUAGCCUGGUCUAGGAGUGGCUGGUAGCUAUCGAGAUAUUCUGAUGAAUGUGGACGUUUGUUUUAUACUCCGUCACUUAGGAGGUGCUUAGGUUAGUGACAGAAAGUCAGAUUUAGCAGGGAGGGAGGUGAGCUUUGAGGAGGUUUUUGGAAGUUCUCGAACAUCUACAAGAUCUUACAUAUCUUUCUUCAGUGGAGAUAAGGAAGGGAAAUUGCAAAAUACUUUAUCUGCCUUCAUAACCCUGAAGGUUGGAGAAAAAAAGAGUGUUUUUCCCAUUUGUAGACAUUUUUGGCAUUAUAACGUAGAGAUUAAAUUUGUCAAUGAAUGUGAUAUCUCUACAGUAAAACUGCAAAUGAUAGUUUAAAGGUUUUUGUAAUUGCUAAAACGUCUUAAUGAAUUUUUGAAGGUUUGCAUCUAGGAUUGCAAACAGCUUGUCUCUCUGCCCUUCCUGGAGGGCAAAGCUAUAUUUUUCUUGUAGAAAAUGGUUUCACCUACUAGAGAAUAAGCAGAAUUGGAGCUAGCCCGAAAUGUUUCAACAAAAUUUAAUUGUUUAGGUAAAUUAAUGCAAAGUCACUUAAAUUAAAAUAGACUAUGCAACUCAAUAAGUAUAAAUCUAGCAAUCAGCUGAGAUUAUAUAUUUUUUUUAAACUGCAAGGGUGGGGCAGCUGGGUGGCUCAGUGGAUUGAGAGCCAGGCCUAGAGAUGGGAGGUCCUGGGAUCAAAUCUGGCCUCAAACACUUCCCAGCUGUGUGACCCUGGUCAAGUCACUUGACCCCCAUUGCCUAGCCCUUACUACUCUUCUGCCUUGGAGCCAAUACACAGUAUUGACUCCAAGAUAGAAGGUAAGGAUUUAAAAAAAACUGCAAGAGAGAAGGUUUGAGCAAGUAGAGAUAAAAGAAGGGAUGGAAUGUUAAAAAAAAAAGUGAGCCUUUUUACACUGACCAUGUAAGUAGAAAGUAACAUGAAUAAAGGGUCUGGAGUUUUGGAAAGAGGUUUGAGAAGGAAAAUUUUUGUUGAGAUAGAAAGAAUGAGGGACAGCUAGUUGGGUCAGUAUAUAGAGAGGCAGGCCUACUAGAGAUGGGGGGUCCUGGGUUCAAAUAUGGUCUCAGACAUUUCAUAGCUACAUGACCUUGGGCAAGUCACUUCACUCCAAUUAGCUAGUCUUUACUUCUUCUGCCGUAGAACUAAUAUUUAGUAUUGAUUCUAAGACAGCAGGUAAGAGGUAUUUGUUUUUGUUUUUUUUAAACCCUUAUCUUCCAUCUUGGAAUCAAUACUGUGAUGGUUCCAAGGCAGAAGAGUGCUAAGGGCUAGGCAAUGAGGGUUAAGUGACUUGCCAAGGGUCACACAGCUGGGAAGUGGCUGAGGCCAGAUUUGAACCCAGGACCUCCCGUCUCUAGGCCUGGCUCUCAAUCCACUGAACUACCCAGCUGCCCCUUGUUGUUGUUUGUUUUUUUUUUUUAAGAAGAAUAUGAGAGACUUUUCCGAAUAGUGCCUAUUAGCAAUUUCAGAUAGACUGUAUGGUCUCAAAUUAAAACAUUUAUCAAAUGGUUAUAGAAAUAAAAUUUGCACCACGAAAUUAUUUGAGUAUAGCACACUACAAUUUUGUCUUUGGAGGCCCAUUAGAACAGCACGUGCCAAUCAUUAGAGCCUGAUGGAUUCCAAAAAGAAGGAAAAGGUUAAGACUGAAACUCGGAAUCUUUGGAGCUAACUGAAAGCCACAGGCUCUGUGAUUUGAGGUAUUGGCACCUAAUGAUUCUUGGGGAAACUGACAUUUUGAGUGUUACCAUUUGUAAUUAUAAAUAUAGAUUUGAUUUGGUUGAAGUUUAUCCUGAAACUAAAUUAUAAUAUGGUCUCUUUUAUAGUCAGGUGGGUUCUCCUACUGGGACAAUUACAGCCAAUCAGAAUUUAAUGCAAAAUACACUUGAUAUUUGGUAUUAAGGUGAUAUACUUGGAACCGAAUGGAUCAGAAAAACCUGAGUUCAAUUCCAGACUCAGACAUUUAUCUGCUGUACGACCCUAACCUUUAUUUGCCUCAAUUUCCUUGACUAUAAAAUGGGAGAAAAACACCACCCAUCUCCCAGGGUUGUUGUGAGGAUCCAAUGAGAUAAUAAUGAUGAAGUGCUUAGUACAGUGCCUGAUAUAAACAAGCACUAUACAAAUGUUAGUGAUCAUUAUUUUUACUAAAGAAAUCAGUCUAAGUUUUAUUUUGGAGGUGGUUGAUGUAGGAUGCCAAACGGAUAGGUGGUGAUUUCUAAAUAAGAGCUUCCAAAAUUCAUUAAAAUGAAUCGCUAUUAUUUGACUGGCAAAAUUUUUUUGUGUUAUGCGUUAAAAAAACACAAUAUCACAUUAUUUUUAGGCUGUCAGUUUUCUUGAAUUGUGAUUUUUCAGAAAUCACUGUAUAAGAAAUGCUGUUAACUUGAAAAAUGAUACCCAGAGAAAGUUGGAGGGCUAUUAUUUGAGAAGUAUUUAGAUGCAUUUAAAUCAUGAAUUGAGCUGUUAAAGAAUGCUUUGCAAAAUUUUAAACUGUUUAGGAUUUAAUUAGAUAUAUUUUGCUUUAAAAUUGUUAAUAAUAACUUAUCGUUUAGGGUAAAAAAAUUAUUACAGACCUCUGACAUUGUCUUUAUCUGUGAAGAUUCCUUGGGAUUCUCUUUGGACAGGGUCAUAACAUCUUAUCAGUCCUUUGAGAGAAACUGCUAAAAUUAUGAAAAGGCUUGAUAAGGAACGAAGGCUGCUCCUAGCCAAAGGGAUUGGGAGGAAGACUUAUAAGUUUACUUAAAGAGUUGUAGGUGAUUUGACCACUACUUAUAGAAAUAUGAAAUUAUACCUGUUAAUAAAUAGUAUGUAUUAAAAUUACAUCUUUGAGCCCAUUUAGUAACAAUUAUUCUUAAUUUAUUAGUGAUUUUAUACUAAUGAUAUUAACAAAUUAAUGAUUAAUUUAUUAAAGAUUAUUCUUAAUUUACAAAUGAAGGAUAACUAAGAUGUCUGUAAUGAGUAAGAAUUCUGAUACUGGGUUCCUGGUAAGAAAAGUCAAUUUAUUGAUUGUUAGCAAUAACCAAUAAAUUAAUUGGUCUGUGAUCUCUCUCAGUGAUCAAAGAUAUUCCAUUUCAAGUCUUGAGUCAUCAACUAUAAUUUUGGAAGCUCAUUAUUCGGCCCUUCCCUAAACAGCCCAAGACAUUUCUAAUUGGUGGAUACCUAAUGAGGAGGUGAGCUAAUAUUUUCUAGUCCUUUUCUGAUCCCUUCAUGGUGAUGGGGAAAAGUCACAUGCCUGGUCAUAGGCUUCGAAUGUCCUGACCAAUUAAUAUGGAGAAAUCAGGUUAGGCCUGGCCAAGGUUGACUUCCAUCUAUUCAUCCCAAUGGGAAAAUAGAUAAAGACACUGCUGUAUCGCCUCCAGACACACUUGGCCAAAACUAGUUUUUGUUUACUGAAAAGGAUGGGCUUAUAUUCUCAAUCUUAAUGAACACAAUUUUAGAAGCUGCUCUGGGGCAGAGAAACGUGAGGGCAUUCCUAUAAUUAUCGUGACAAAGGGAUGAGGAAAAAGGCUUGAGAAAUAUUAUGUCCCAGAGCAGUAUUAGAAAUCAAAAUGGUACAGUAUUAAGAAGAAAUCUUCUAAUGUCCUUAUAUAUGCUUAUUGUUAAGUAUUGUUACAAUGUGAAAAAAAAAAAAGCCUAACCCUAAGCUGGGAGCAGUGGAAUUCUGCGAAAAGCUGGUAAAUUCUCUUGGGGCUACAAUUUGAUGAUGUUCUCAGUUUCAAUUUCAGGUGUGACUAUCUGAAUUGGCAUCAUCAGUAGUCCACCGUUCCAGGGGAAUGUCAUGUCCUGCCCAGAGGGAGAGCAGUCAGAGAACAGGAGUGUGUCUGUGCCUGGCAAAGCUGAGAGGAUAAGCUUGUGUGGGCAGAAGUAGAAUCCUCUUGAUACUGUUUCCCCAUUGGUUGAGUCUGAGCCUGGCUGUGAUACUCUGUGAAUAGUGUGGAAUUUUGCUGCAUGACUGGCUGUUAGCUAGGACUCUUGCCUGGUUGAAUCAAACAGAAUAAAGGAGUUUUAUCUCCAGUUAUGCUAAUGCCAGGUUAGUCUGUGCCCUUGAAGGGACAAUUUUGAUAUCGUUAUAACAAUGUCCCUCCUUUUUCCUGUUGUAAUAAAAUUUCUUUAAUCAGGGCAGAUGAACCAUUAACGUUUUUGUCAUUGCAAUGCUAAAUCUAAUAAUUAGUAGAUUCAUUCUAAAAUAUCUCUGAGUUAUAAGAGCAUGCAAGUAGGAAAGAUCUUACUAUUUUUCAUCUGAAUUUGUGGCUGAUUUCUUAUUCUAAGUAACCAGGUAAAAUAAGUUGUUAGAUUUGCCACUGAUAAGAUUUAGUCCUUAAAUUCUUUCAGGAUGAUAUGAGGACAAUCAAUAUCCUCAAAAGAGGGGGAUCAGGGAAAGGCGUAAAAGUGUUUUUUUUAAUUUAAUGGCAUAGUAAGCUCUGAGAAAGAACAAGAUUAGAUUGUUUUCUCUAAGAACCAGGAUGUGUGUGUGUGUGUGUGUAAAACUGGCUUCUACAUAGUUCUAAUGGGACAUGCAGGCUUUGAAUAUGUUUCAGUAAAAAGUCCUCAAAAUUAGAUUAAGGAUUUUAUAUGCAAAUUUAUAUUAAUAAUUGCAAAGAAAAAUGUAAAUUAUGUUUUUUCCUAUUUUGGAGUCUGAUAAUAUUAAGAGACAGAAGAGUUUAUUUUAUGUCAGGCCCUUUUGAUUUUUUAAUUCUCUCUUUAGCCUAUUGAUGGCAUUGUUUAUAUCAGGUAUAGGGUUCAAGGAAAGUUAGAACAAGCAAUAAAAACUGAAAUUCUUUGACUUUUCAGGUGAAUUAUGGGCUCGUAAUUCAGUGUUCUUCUUUGAGGAAAAUUAAUGAUGAAGUGUAAUACUUCUAGAGGAACCUUUCUCGAACUUCUGGUUUUGAAAGUCAGCUCCCAGGCCUCAAGACAUUUCACUGGGGUGGAUCUCUCUGUCUCUUCUUAGAGGCAGAGUGGAGACCUGCUCCUUAUUUAUCUACAAACAAGUAAGGGAAGUCCCAGGCUCUAGCUAUUGGACUUUGACCCAUUAGGGUACCUCUGGGAAAAGCUUUUGUGGGCUGCCUUGAAUGAACAGUGACCUGGCUACCCUGUGACAAAAUAAUGAGGAGGAAUUGAGGUCUCUAAAUCCGUCUCCUCUUUUGAAAUAUCCACUAAUGGGAACUGUCAGGGAGGUCCCAAGAUCUAGCUGUCAGACCAAUCAAAAAGAGGGCAAGAGCUCCUUUAUAAGCAAGAGGCAGAACUUACUUGCUCUCUUUGGAGGAAGGAGGCUGGCAAAAAAGAUUUAUUCCUUGUUAAUGGGAAUUGCAUGCCCCCAUUAAUAAAUAAUGUCAUUCUCUCCUCUGAAACUGUCAAUUUUGUCAUUUCUUAGAGCAUAAUAAAAAUAACAGUAAUAAUAACAGCAUGUAUUAUAUAGCACGUAAAGGUUUGCAAACUACUUUAUAUGUGUUUUUUCCUUUAGUCCUCACAACAACUCUGUGGGCUGAGUGCUAUUGUUAUGCUUAUUUUACAGAAAAAGAAAAGUGACUUGUCCAAGUUCUCAUAACUUGUAAGUGUCUGAGGCAAGAUCUGAAUUCAGCUGUUACUGACUCUUAAGUCUAGCACUCUAUCCACUGCCAAGUAUAAAGUAGAUUGUUUAGCCAUUCCCCAGUAGGCUGGACACCCUCUUGGUUUCCAGUUUUUAGCUACUAUAAAUAUUUUUGUACAUAGACAUUUUUCCCUCUUUUAUUUCUAUUUUAUUUCUUUGGAGAUAUCAGCCUUGUGAUGUAUUUCUGAAUCAAAUGGUAUAUAAAACUUAGUAAAUGCUGGCACUUAGUUCCAAAUGGGUUUUCCAGAAUUAGCGUCUGUUUCCCCGAAUCUCCCCCACCGUGUCAUUUUCUUCUUUUGUCCUUUUUGUCCAUUUCACGAAUAUGAGAUGGAACCUCAGAACUACUUUUUCUCUUUUAGUGACUAUUUACAUUUGGCCAUUUAUCUGUUGGGGAAUUGAUUCCCUUUUGUUUCAAUACGGAAGGAUGAAAUUCAUCUGGAUAAAGUGAUUAAUUACUCAUCAAGGGAUGUCAGGUGGCCUUUAUGAUCGACUUAUGUAUCUUAUUUUUUUCCUAAAUUUAACAAAUACCAAAUAAAAUGUGCAUUUUUAUACAUAGUAGAAUAAUAAAAAAGGAUCGUCUAAAACUAGAUGUAUUAUAUAUACCCUGAUUUUCUUUUAAAAUAUAUAAUAAAUUCUACUCGUAACUUAAAGAAUGUUAUCCGUAGAGAACUGGCCUCACAUUCUUUUUUAGUUUAAAAUCUGAAUGCUGCAUCUUAUAUGUCUGUUAUUGUUAGCAUUAGCUCUGUAAUUGUGCUCAUUUUCACUAUAUGAACUAGAUAUUAGAAAACCAAAUUUAGGAAGUUGUACUAAAUUGUACCGAGUCGUAUUACUGGCAGAUUUUAGUAGAAUUACCUAGGGAAACUCGGCAAGUGACUUGGAACCAGAGAAGCAGAUCUGCUGGGCAGAGCCCCUGCCCAGAAUUGCCCUGAGAAUGGGGCCUCUUCCAGGACUUCCAGGGACCAGAGCAUGCAACAGCUGAGACUCAAAAGGUAGUUUCUGGUUAAAUGGACACUGGAAAUAGGUUCCGAAGGACUCGAUGUUCUGAAUGAAAGGAAGCCACAGCUUUCAGGCUCACUCUCCUCUACCAAGAAACCUAAUAAGUGUCUUUCGAAAACGAUUUCAGAUUUUGAGGUUUGUUCUCCUGAAUGGCAUGUCCAAAAGGGAAAUCCGAGGACAAAGAAAGGACGGGAGGAAGAGAGAAGGAAGAUAAAGGGAGUGGGCAGCCUUGUGUCCUUUUCCCAUUAGUUGCUCGAGAGCAUCUCUUUCCUUGGGGUCCUUGAAAUUUAUAGGUCUGCAUCUUCAGAGCCUUCUCUGUAGUUUUAGUAGGAAGUUCUAAGGACUUUGGAGGCCUUGGGCCAAGCUAUCUUUAAUGCUAGCUACUACACAGGGCUGCUGGCUACCAUCUUAUUCCCCUUCGUGAUCCAUAACGUGGGUCUCUGAUUUCAGGGGGGUGUUCUUGGGAGACUUCUCUGCUUUGGGGGCCACAGGAGACAGACAACUGGUAAGAGUCUCAGGAGCAUGAUUGAACCUUCUGGAGCACUCACUCUUAGCCACUUUCCUGUUCAUGUUGCCAAGGACCAAUGCCUGCCAUGCAUAGUUUUCUGGGUGCUCAGCUCCCCUUUUAUGCUUAUACAAGAGAAUUACUACCAUGAUUAUUACCCCGCCCCUUUUCCUGUAAAACACUGUUUUCUUAUUCCUGUCUUUUCUCUUUCUUCUCAUUUCCCUAUUGUUUAUGAGAACAAACCCCAAAAUCUGCUUGGGAGGAAGAAUGAGCGAAAUAAAACUCCUACCUUGGGAUUUCAAUUUGCCUUUUUUUGUUGACUCAUUUGCCAGACAGAGUCGGGGAGCGGGCACUCUAACAGUAGUGGGAAUGCAGCAAAGCCCAAGGAGUCAACAUUCUUACUUCUCUUCAACCUGAACCCCCCCCUGCCUGCUCUCCCCAAGUGUCCUGACUGGCUGGAGUCUAAGCCAAUGUUGUCUAUGGUUGGGUUAGAAGGAACAAGAGAGUCCUGGUAUGUGAGACCCGCUCAAUGUAUUCCAAAAGCUCAUAAAAGUCAUAGGAAGCAUAGUUAAUGAGAAAAGCUAGCAUUCACGUGGUGCAUGUGGCUUGCACAAGGCUUUAAGUGUAUUUUCUCAGUCGAUCACAGAUGCAGAUGUGGAAGGGACCUUGGCUUCUGUCCCAAAGCACUCUUUUUACUGAAACAGGCCCAGAAAGUGUAGAUGCAAAACUCAGAUUUGGUCCUGUGUCACUUCGUGUCUCUAGUCUACUUCCCUUCUAUUGUACCUCAGCACCUUUCUGCAGGACAACUAAGGAACGGUGUGAAGGAGAGAUGCGUCGGAGGCCAUCAGUGCCAGAGCCACGUCUCCUGACUCCAAAUCUGGGCCUCUUUCCCCCUAGUCACGGGGUCACCCAUUUCCAGGACACUCCAAGGCCCCCGGGGGGAGGUUUUAAAGAUUCUGGGCUGGACAUCCAAUUAGAUGGGCAAACGGAGGCCUUGUCUGGGAUAUGAGAAAAAUCAGAAAGGAAGGGGCAGAAGGAUGGGAGAAGUCACCGAUGCCACACGGAGCAAAUAACUUCUCCUCUCCAGUACUGUUUUCUCAGUUAUAAAAUGAUGGCCUUGAAGGUUCCUUCUAGCUUUGAGCCUCUGAGGUGCCUCGUGGGACAGAGAAAGGGACCGUUCACCAACGAUCCCUUCUGGCAAGCCUGCCUUCAGGGCUGCAGAAGGAAAGCAGGAGCCGUCUAGGCUAUCGAGUCCAAUUUCUUCAUCUCACAAGAGAACUGCCCACAGUUGAGCGGUUUGCCGCCUCUUAGGAACAUCUGGCCAGGAUCAUGGGCGUGACUCUGGGAGGGAAUUCGGAGACCGUCCUUGGGGAUGUGUCGGGGAAGCACCUUCCCCCACUGGAUGGAAAACCGAGAACUAGGGGACAAGCCACUUGCCAAAGGUCAGGCAGGCGGAAUGAAGCAGGUGAGGCGGGAUCCUUUCCCCUAGAGUUCUGGGAGAGCCCUCUGUUUCCCACAAUUGAUUGUUAAUCACCCUCCUUAGUAGCAAUAGCGAAACGCCCUCCAGUCUGUGGAAGAGAAUUGCAGACCGACUCAUAAAGUUAGCCAAGAACUGAGAAUUAAGAGAUCUCCUUUCACACUGUGCCUCGCUUGCUGCAUGACUCCUUUCGUCCCUCGGGGCCUCGGUUCAGAAUGCCAGUGCUAUUUCUGUUAGAGGAAUGUUGUCCUAUUUUGGCUGGCCACGUAUGUCGAAGUACUUCUACACUGACUCCAGAAGGGAAGGAGAGGCUGGCACCCUUACGCUCACCCCGUCUCUUAUGCCAGGAAGGGAGCCCUCUACACGGGGCUCAGUCAGGUACCAAAUCCUCCAACAAAACCGGCAUUUUAUCCCAGAGGGACUCGAUUAUUUCACCACCUUCAUUUUCCCUCAAAAGGACCUUCUGUUCUGGACCCGUACACAUUUAGGUCAGCUUUCGUCAUUGCUUAACUUUAAAAUAAAACAAUAUCCUUCAUGCUCUUGACCUGGGUUUAGGUCUAUGUAACUCUCCUGUUUUUUUUUUUCAUCUUUUGUUAGUCUUUUCAAUAGACUAGGCAGACUCAGCUACCGUCAGCCAAUGGAAAAGCUCUGAAGGUUUAGGAGGGCAGAACUGCAGGCUCCUCUUUGAAUUGGGCUUCCUUUCCUUGGUUAUUCAUCUGCAGAGUUCAUUCAGGGACUGCAUGGGCAGCUAGGUGGCACAGUAGAUAGAACAUUGGGCCUGGUGUUUGUAAGACCUUAGUUUAAAUCCAGGUUCAUUAUUCCGUGUGUGUGAGAGAGAGAGGCAGAGAGACAGAGACAGAGAGACAGAGAAAGACAGAGAGAGGAGAGAGACAGACAGACAGAGACAGAGGGAGAGAGACAGUGAGGGAGAGACAGAGACAGAGAGAGAGAGAAAGAGACAGAGACAGAGACAGGGAGAGAGACAGAGAGAGAGAUAGAGAGGGAGAGGGGAGGGAGAGAGACUGAGAAAGAGAUAUACAGAGAGAGAGAGAGAGAAAGACAGAGACAGAGAGACACAGAGAGAGAAAGACAGAGAGAGGAGACAGACAGACAGAGACAGAGAGGGAGAGAGACAGAGACAGAGAGACAGAGAGAGAGACAGAGACAGAGAGGGAGGGAGGGAAGGAGAGAGAGAGAGGGAAGAAAUCAUUUAUCCAACAAUCCCCUUUGGCAAACCCAUCCCUCAUCAUACAGAAAGAAAACUCGAAGCUCCAUAGAUCAUCUAGUACAAUCCCUUCAGCUUAGAAAUGGGAUAGGAGUUGGGGAAAUGGGUCUAAUUGAACAAGAAACUUUAUCUGUGAGUCAGAAGGAGAACAGGAUAUUGUUCCCAUCCCACCCCCAAUCUGGGCACACGGGGAGGGUCCCCGAAGGCAGCGUUGGGGAACUCGGCAGCUACACUUCAAUCAGACAGAGACUUGUCUGAUCGCUGCAGGUGUGGCCUCUCCAUCCCAAGGCUCAGUUCCUAGACUCAGACUUUAGGCAGCUGCAAAUACAGCCAGCCAGAGGAGGGACGUUCCAGGUCUCCUUGGAGAACCUGACUGCCUGGUCCAUGAUCGCGGGCUGCCGGAGAGCUUGUAGACCGGAGCUGCCCAAGCCUGAAGGCAGCCACUCAAGAGAACUGAAUUCACUAGAGCAAGGUGAGCGAAUAAUCUCAGCAGCCCAGACAAUGCUGAUGAGUCCCCUUUCGGGGAGAAUCCGACUUCUAGGAUCACGUUUCUCUGCGUUGACCUCUAGUGUCAGCUACAGUGGGGAGCUCUCUGGGGUCCAAGGUCCAGGGAAGGUCCUUAAUCUUUGCUCCAGGAAUUCCUCCGAAGGGUUUGAAUCUCCCCUAGAAUUUUAGGGACCCGGGAUGGGCUUUGGCGACCCCGUUGGGUCUAGGUUUCCUACGGGCUCCUUCCCAGGCUACCUUUUCCAUCUCGCCCUCUUCUUACUCAACGUAAUAGUUUUCCCCCUAUUAAACCAUCCUUCCAUUCCUGGUUGCAGUGUCGGAUUUUUGCGACGUUAUUUUGGAUUUUUCAAUGUUUGGCUCCCUUUUACUAGACCUACCCCGAACCGCCAUGCUGUCCCAUCCCCAAAGGCACACCUUUGUCUGCUCUGCUCUUGGUGACAGGGUCCCCCGAGAGGCCUUCGGGCAUUCUAAUACAGGCUUUCCUCCAUGGACACUGCCCGGCAUCACUCCUCAGCGGCAGCCAUGCUCUGGCCCAGCCGUAUGUUCCCAAAUCCGGGGAUUUUGCCUUUUUACCUAUCAGUGUCUCUACCCACCGCUCUACUCUCAUUCCCCUCAGUCCUCUAGUAGCUGGAGGAACUGUGAACUGAUCCAACCAUUCUGGGGAGCAAUCUGGGAUUAUUCUCAAAGAAUUCUAAAACUGUGUCUACCUUUUGCCCCAGGAACACCACUAUUAGGCUUAUUCCUGAAGGGGAUCGGGAGCAAGGGAAGGGAGCUCUCUGUUCUGAAAGGCUUCCAGCAGGUCUCUUUGUGGUGGCAAAGACGUAGAAAUGGAGAGGUGCCCACUGAUGGGGGAGUGCUGAACACGUUGUGGUGUGUGACCAUGAGAGGAUGCUCCUGCUCCGUAAGAAAGGACAAUCUUCAGCCACUUCCCAGCUGUGUGACCCUGGGCAAGUCACUUGACCCCCAUUGCCUAGCCCUGACCACUCUUCUGCCUUGGAGCCAAUACACAGUAUGGACUCCAAGAUGGAAGGUAAGGGUUUAAUAAAAAUAAAAAAAAAGAAAGGACAAACUUUAAUUUUGGGGAAACGUGGGAAAACCUACAUGAAAUUAUGAAGAAUGAAACAAGAAGAACCAAGAGUCCAUCAUAUACAGCCACAGAAAUAUUGUUUGACGAAUGACUUGUAUACUUCUGCCUUCAGAGAAAGUACUGAUAAAUAGAAAUCAGCAAGAUAUAGUUUUAUGUAUACUUAUAUCUUUUUGUCAAAUGAUGCCUUCAAUAAUGGGGGAGGAAGGGGAUAAGUUAAUUGGGUAUUUUAAUGUAACAAAUAAACAAAUAAAUACAAAAAGGA